UCAAUUAUAUUUAAUUAAUUCGUUAAUUAAUUUCCUAAUCAGCUCGCUAUUAACAAUGGCAUUGCGAAUAUUAUGUUUACGUCUUGUCACGUGUAGAGUAUGGAAGGAGCGAUGACUCAGUUGAUUUUUCAUCUUCAACAAUUCGGACUGCAAUUUUUCAUAAUUAUUAAUAAAUAUGAACGACCGUUCGUUCGUAUCUCGAAUCAAUCAACUUGAUGCAAUACAGUUGGAUAAUGAGAUUUACAAGGUACUCAGAGAUCAAAUAAGCGAAGUAAGUAAAUAUUUUGAUCCUGGCAAGAUAAUAAGAUGGGAACCAGAACUGGACGUCUUCAUUAAGUAUUUCAUAUGGAGAUAUUCGUUAAAAAACGAUUGUUCAACUUUUGGACAAAAUCUACUAAAUUUGUCAUAUAAAAAUUUGAACAAAAGAAAGUCCAUACUAUUAUUUUUGUUGUUAACGGUACCCAACUACUUACAGAAACGUUUAAUUAAUGAAAAUUUUGUCUUCUCAAGAUUAUCGACAAACGAUGAGAAAUAUAAGUAUAAACAUUAUAUCGAACAGUUGGAUAAUAUUCUUCAUCUAAUCAAUUUUAUAUGGAGUCUGGUUUUUCUUCAUAUAGGCAAUCAGCCACGCUGGAUUGAAAAGAUAUUGGGUAUAUAUUGCCAGUCUUUAAAUAUGAAUAAGCCACGACCGAUUGGAUAUUCUUAUAUGACUAGAGAAUUAUUAUGGCACGGCCUGAUCGAACUAUUUACGGUUGGUAUACCUAUGAUAGAUUUUCGAAUUAUUCAAAAUUUGUGGAAUAAUUUAUGGUCUACUAAGAAAGUCAAAUAUCUUAAAAGCAAUUGUAAAUUAAGCUCCUAUUGUAAAAAACCACCUAUAUUGCCCCACUGGGCUGGUUGUCACAUAUUUUGCUACUAUUGUUUGAAAGCAAAUUUUAUGGCGACGGAUCCAUAUCAAUGUCCAAUUUGUAACAAUGAACUUUGCUCCAGUAAUAUGAAAUGUAAAUAAGUUUGAUAUUUUUGUAUAAAUUCUUGACUUUAUUAAAAAUA